CGGUUCUAUUCCUCCCACGCAAUGGGUGGAGCGUAGAGAACGGAGCUGAACAAGUAGCCUUGUCCUUCAGAGCAACAACAUGGCACCUCCGGGUGCGAAAAACAAAAAUGCUUCUACCGGCGCACGAAAGCAGAACAGUCAGUUUUCGCCAUGGAAUCGAUUGCGAAAGCAGUACCUAAAUACUUCCUUCGUGAAAUCGUUGAUUUUUGAUCCGGCCCAGCUACCACUCGUUUCAUGGCUCAUUCUGGCCGGUGAGUUUGUGCUGAACAUUCUCGUGGUACAAAAUGUUGCGUAUACCGAAAUUGACUGGAAAGCGUACAUGCAGGAAAGCGAAGGAUUCCUGAAUGGGACAACUAAUUAUGCACUGCUUAGAGGUGAUACUGGUCCACUAGUAUACCCGGCAGGAUUUGUUUACAUUUACAGUGCCCUGUACUACAUUACCUCUCGUGGACAGAAUAUCAGAUUGGCACAAUACAUCUUUAUUGUUAUCUAUCUCAUCCAAAUGGCAUUGGUUCUUCGGCUGUACAGCAAGAGUAGGAAAAUUCCACCGUAUGUUCUUGUGAUCACGUCCUGCAUUUCCUACCGGAUACAUUCUAUAUAUGUACUCAGGCUCUUUAACGAUCCGAUUGCAAUUCUAUUUCUCUAUCUGGCUCUCAAUGCUUACAUAGACAAUCGAUGGUCAUUGGGAAGUUUAUUUUUGAGUCUGGGUGUCUCCGUUAAAAUGAAUGUGCUUUUAUUUGCACCCGCAAUCUUGCUUCUGUUCAUCACUAAUUUGGGUUAUUUGAAAACAUGCACACAAUUGAUCAUCUGCGGAAGUGUUCAACUUGUACUGGGUAUCCCGUUUCUGCUUACUCAUCCCUGGGAGUACAUUAAAGGAAGUUUCGAUUUGGGACGAGUUUUUGAACAUAAGUGGACUGUGAAUUACCGUUUUCUGGAUAGAGAUGUGUUUGAAAAUCGGUACUUUCAUCUAGCUCUGCUAGCCAUUCAUGUGCUGCUGUUGGCAGCUUUCGCAUCACCAUGCUUCAAAUAUUUCCAAAAUUACUGCCGUCUGAGACAUUUGGAAAUGAUGCUCAAGCCUCAAAUCGAUGCCAAGAACCGGGAGAUGACACAAGCGAAAAAGAAAAAGGAAACACCAAAGGCCCAGAUCGAGAAGGAAGAAAAACUGACCGAGGAACAGGAAAAGUUCCUAAAAUCAUUCGAAAAGGGCAUCAAAAAGAUGGCGAACAAAGACACCGUGAGUGCUAACGGCGCUGCACCUUUGGAGAAGGAAGAGGAGUCAAGGAACAGCAAAUUCUCCAUUCAUUUCGAUCGUGCCACUCAGCUGGCAUUGCUUCCUAUUUUUACCGCAAACUUCAUCGGAAUCGUUUGCGCCCGCAGUCUUCACUACCAGUUUUACGUGUGGUACUUCCACAGUUUACCCUAUCUGACCUGGUUUACCGAGUACACAACCAGUCUAAAGUUUCUCCUGCUGAUACUUAUCGAAUUCUGCUGGAAUACUUACCCAAGUACCAGCGUGAGCAGCCUCAUCCUCCACACGUGCCACAUUAUUAUUCUGGUUGGAAUCGGUCGGAAAAUGUUCCGUAAAAUUCCGGAACUCUCACAGAUCAGUAAAGCAACGGACUGAAAAUGGGCUACGGUUUGAUGCGGGGCAUUAUUACAGCAAUCAAUACAACGACGGAGAGACAGGUACAUAUGUGUGGGUGUGUUUUUGUCAAGACAGAUUUCCGCGCUUCGAAGCGGAAAUGUAUUUCGCGACAGGUGCCUUGCCCGCGUGGAAUUUGGUUUUAUUUAGGAAGCAAGUUGUGAAGUUUUUGUUUCUAUUUUACUAUUAUGUCAGACAUGUUUUGUGAAUAUAGAUUAAUUUUUUUGUGAG